UCCACUCGAGAGGAACCGAAGCUCAGAUGGGGAACUGACAGCACAGGAGAAGGAGUAACCGAGCACAUCCACUCCUCAAGGAACGCCGAUAGCAGUUUCUGUCGGGAAUAUAAACAACACCAGGAGUUACAUUGUUGCCAGUUGCCGGGAAUUAUUGGUUACUUUGAAACCCGUCGGUUACUCGCUGUGAAAGUGAAUGGAUACAAAGUUUUUCUUUUCCCGAGGAAGUUUUUAGCCGCCUGGCUAACUAAACAGCCGUGAGAUAUGAAGACUUCGGGUUCACAACAGAGUUACAGACUCAGUAUUUACUCUAAAUGAAUUCUUAUGAGAACUUUUAUUUCAGUUUAUUUCAGCGGAGUCGAACAUAUGUAUUGUGAAACAGUGGACAAGUUUGCCUAAAUUCCAAAGUGAAGGAAGAAUGGCAGAGGAACUGAAUCCUACAGGAAAAGGGUUCUUCGGUGAACUUUAUUAACUUCUUUGCACCACGAAGGAAGGGUUUCUUCCUUGAUAGGCUUGCUGUUGGAAUGGCACACAGUCCUGCAGUGUGACGGCAGCCUGGUCGUCAUGCUGGCCCAUGGAGUGGACCAUGUAGAAAGAGGGGCGAAUGUAGUCCCAGGAGGACCAGGAGGGAAAACGGUGACGACGGCAGCAUGGCCGAUCACACGAGAACUUGCCGUCAAUAUUAAACAGAAAAUCUCCCAAUGGGAGGGACUCAGCCAGCAGGAGGACGUCCGAAGUGGGAAUAUUAAGCCCCAGCGGACUCUUGCAUCUCGUAGGCUUUCAGGGGACCUCCUUGGAAAUGGAUUUGACGGCAAUGAUGGAGGUCAUAACAAAGCAACUGUAUCAAAAGCCAAAAGCCUGGGUUUAGAUUUCAGGGAAAACCAGAUGACUAUUAGACCGGUUACAGGAGAAACCCCGUCUGAUUUCCUAAGAAAUCGAACUCAUUCGAAUAAAUUUGUAACAUCAACUCCUGUGACUAAGCCUUUAAGCACUGUAACCCAAGGCCAAGUGGCUAAACUGAAUGUUAAAAGCAAUAAUAUCAAGACAAACAAUUUCACAGAUGACAAAAUUACAUCUCUACCUCAAUGUGUAGAUGAUCCAGAGGCGUCAUUGCCUCCGGGGAACUUUUACACCUCCAGGGGUUUCUGGAAACGACUGGAGGCAGAUGAAUCUUUGUGGGAGAAGGAUUCCUCGAUGGUGACUAAGUGUCUUGGUGAAAUUGGACCUUCUUCUCCUCCACCUAAACCACAGCGCACAUUCCAGUACAAGGGUGCGAGCAGUCCGCCCGGCCAGUGGAUCCAAUUGGAGAACCAGACUCCGUCAGUCAGCAAAUCGAAUCAAGUCCGGAAGCAUGACAUCAUAUUAAAGCCACCCAGCUGUCCACCUCCUCCUUGUCCAGUCAACACUAUCAACGGGUUUUCCAGAAACAGAAAGAACAGGAAGUCAUUUGAGUUUGAGGAUGUGGUACGGAUGACAGCCCAAAAGGCCUCUAGAGGGAAGGAGGGCCGCCGUUCGGGUCUUUUCCACGCUUGGUCUGAAGACAGCAUCUAUGAGGAUGUCAUCUCGGAUAUAUCAAAAGAGAACCCAUAUGAAGACAUCAAACUUUCGCCUAUGUGUUUACCCUUAAGACGGCCACGAAACUACACAGUUGGACAGAGAGAGAGCCCACACAUCAAGAUCUCACCAAAGCCCUUCACACUAUUACCUAACGGCGACAGGCUGCAUAAAGUGGGACGGGACCGCAAAGAAUCCAUAACGUCACCUACACGUACCUCUACUACAAACACUCCUAAAUCAUCAGCAGCCAAACUUGCUACUACGUACAAGACAAACCGACAACCCCCGCUUGUAAACAGGAUCCAGGAGAUAUUUGAAGCCAAAAGAGGAAGGAAACGAGUAUGGGCGACAACAACCAGAGAUGAAUUGAGUGGAACAGAGAGUGAUCCUGAGGAGAGCUCUAAAGAUCGCUCCCAGCGCACAGUGUACAUUCAAUCAACUUUAAAGCGACGGCCGGGUUACCGCACUUUAGAGAGGGACCUGAUCCAACUACAAGAGCAGCAGCUUUUCCAGCAAUUUGUAGUGGUGUCGCUUAGAAAAGCUUCCCCUGGAAACACAUACAUCCCUGAGAUCACACAACAGUUCCCUACGAAGUUUGAGAGGUCUUCUCGUCUGUCUCGUGAGGCUGAAGACAGAUUAAGGGCGAUUCCCAAGUUUUGUUUUCCUGACUGUUAUGACUGGCGUCCCUCCUCGGACCACACCAGUGAAACGUUUUCUUUUGUCCUAACGGGGGAGGAUGGGAGUCGCUUAUUUGGAUACUGCCGCAAAAUCCUGCCCAGUGGGAAGGGGAAGAGACUGCCUGAAGUUCACUGCAUCAUCAGCAGACUGGGCUGCUUCAAUCUCUUCUCAAAGAUCUUGGAGGAGGUGGAGAGGAGGAGAGAGAUUUCCCCUGCCUUGGUUCAUCCUUUCAUGCACAGUGUCAUGGAAGCUCCCUUCCCUGCUCCUGGACGCACCAUCACCGUCAAGAGCUUCCUGCCGGGCUCUGGCAAUGAGGUUCUGACGCUGUGCAGGCCGGUGGACUCUCGUUUGGAGCAUGUGGACUUUGAGAGUUUGCUGCAGUGUCUCAGUGUGACCAGACUCCUGCAGGUCUUCGCUUCUCUGCUACUGGAGAGGAGGGUGAUCUUCAUCGCAGACAAACUCAGUGUCUUAUCCCGAUGUGCCCAUUCUGCCUUGGCUCUGCUGUAUCCCUUCACAUGGCAGCACACAUUCGUACCGGUGCUCCCUGCCAGCAUGCUGGACAUAUGCUGCUCUCCCACUCCUUUUGUGAUGGGGGCGCUGUCUCCAUCCCUGCCUGAGGUGCUGGAUAUGCCCAUCGAGGAGGUUCUUAUUGUGGAUUUGUGUGCGGACAAGUUUGUCGUUCAGCUUGGAGACGAGGACUGUAUCUUACCUAGAAAGCUGCAGGCAGCGCUUCAGGAGAUACUGGACAACAGGGAGGAGAUCCUAGAACAAAACACAAGAGACAGGAAUGGAGAUAAAUCAGACCUGAGCAUGUUGGUGUCAGAGGCGUUUGUGUGGUUCUUUGUUGAGCUGGUGGGACAUUAUUCUCUGUACAUGAGCGACACCGGACCCGGUGGCACCCGAGAGCUGCAGAGAGACGCUUUCAGGAAAUCUCAUCCGUCCCGAGGAGUGCGACAGUUUCUCCAGCUCUUCAUGGACACGCAGAUGUUUGCUGGUUUCAUUCAUGACCGAGAGCUCCGAAAAGGGGGUGUUAAAGGGCUGUUUGAAAUGAGAGCAGCAGAAUAUCUGGAUUCGUAUCCUGAACCUGAACCAAGUGGAGUCAACAAAUUUCUCAAGGGGCUCGGAAAUAAAAUGAAAUUCUUGCAGAAGAAAUAGAGAACGGUUUCAGACGCCAAGUAUGAGCGGCUUUUAUUCAAAAGUGUGUGAUGACUCAACCAGCACGUCAGUUCCUCUCCCAUAACUAACACGCAAAAGGGUGGAGAUGAGGUCAAGACUGGAAUCAGCUUGUUCUGCCCUGAAAAUUCUCUGGCUUGGAUUUGCCAUCCCAUCACAAAAGAGGAAAAGGCUGGAAAUGAGUUUAUAAGCACAAGGAACAAAGACGACUGUAUUAGAACAAAGAGGAAAGGGAGGAGUCUGUGUCAUGUUAUUGUAAUUUUGAUAAAUAAGGAAAAAACGGACUAUGAAUGCAUAAUAACAAGAGUUGGGUUAAUGGCCAUGUCAGAGGUCUUACGUGUUUUUAUUGUCUUUAAUAUAAUUUUUAUUAAACCACACAAUAAGAUAAGCUUAUGUUUUAACCAAAAACCUUUUCCAGCUGGAAAUGUGUUGUUAAAAAGAAGAUAUGAUGAAGGAUGACUUCUAUUCCCCUUCAGGAAUUAAUUUAUGAUUCUUUAUAUGCACAGAAAUGGCCUUUCCAGUUAGGUCAAACUUUUUUUUUUUUUGCCAAAUUUUCUGUUUUGUCAAAUAACAAUGCAAGUGUUUGUUUUUUCAGAGGCUUUUACAUUUUGUACAGUUGUGUUUUUAGACAGACUUUUUGUAACAUUUGGGGGAAAAAACAGCUUUCUGAUGCAAUGUUGGACAGGAAGUGUGAAACAAACAAUGUGAUCUUGAUGUGGAAAUUGAACAUUUUGAUGAAUGUCAAGAGAAUGAGAAUGUAUAGGGUGCAUGGGUUUAAAAUAUAUGGGAAACUUAUAAUGAAAGGAGUAUACAGUGUUAUUAAAAACUACACUUACAGCA